AUGAAAGAAAUAGUUCACAUUCAGAUUGGACAAUGUGGAAACCAAAUCAGUUCAAAGUUCUGGGAAAUGCUUUGUGGAGAACACGGUAUAGACCCUGCAGGUACUUUUCGAGGGAUUCCGGAUCUACAGUUAGAACGGAUCAACGUUUUCUUCGAUGAAUCAGAGAGAACACGUUUUGUGCCGAGGUCUGUUUUAGUCGAUUUGGAGCCAGGUACCAUGGACUCUAUACGGUCUGGAUUGUAUGGACAAAUGUUCCGUCCAGAUAACUUUGUUUUUGGGCAGAAUGGUUCGGGUAAUAACUGGGCGAAGGGUUUUUACACAGAGGGAGCUGAACUUAUUGAGCAGGUUUUGGAUGUGGUGAGAAAGGAGGCCGAAGGUUGUGACCGUCUCCAAGGAUUCCAGCUUACCCAUUCUCUUGGUGGAGGAACGGGGUCCGGUAUGGGAACACUUUUAGCAUCUAAAGUACGGGACGAAUAUCCAGACCGGAUCAUGUGUACAUAUUCGAUUAUGCCAUCUCGAAAGGUCUCCGAGGUCAUCACGGAGGCUUACAACGCCAUCUUGUCAGCUAACCAGCUCCUAGAAAAUGCAGAUGAAACAUUCUGCAUCGAUAACGAAGCUUUAUUCGACAUCUGCUACCGGACUCUUAAAUUUACAGCACCAAGCUACGGUGAUCUCAACCAUCUUGUCUCCAAUGUUAUGUCCGGUGUAACGUCGUCUAUGCGCUUCCCUGGUCAGUUGAAUUCUGAUCUCCGUAAGUUGGCUGUGAAUAUGAUACCUUUUCCGCGGCUCCACUUUCUCAUUCCUGGGUUUGCUCCCUUGAUUGCGAGAGGCGGAAUCCAGUACCGUGCUCUUUCAGUUGCUAAUCUAACUCAGCAGAUAUUUUCCGUCAAAAACAUGAUGGGAGCGUGUAAUCCUAACCGAGGACGAUAUCUCACAGUAGCAGCCAUGUUUAGAGGUAACCUUUCUAUGGCAGAAGUUGAACAAGAAAUGCAUGCCAACAAAAAUAAAAAUUCUAGUCAAUUUGUUGAGUGGUUGCCUUGCAAUAUACAAACAGUUGUUUGUGACAUUCCGCCUCGCAAUCUCAAAAUGUCAGCUACCUUUAUUGGAAAUAAUACGUCAACUCAGGAAAUAUUCCGGCGUAUAUCGGAGCAAUUUACGGGGAUGUUCAGAAGACAGGCCUACAUUCACCUAUACACCGGGGAAGGUAUGGACUUGAUGGAGUUCCAAGAGGCCGAGUCUAAUAUCAAUGAUUUGGUGUCCGAGUAUCAACAGUACCAAGAAGCUAACAAAGAUGAUAAGGACUUGUCAGACGAAGAAGAAAUCUGA